AUGGACGUGUACAUUUCGGAGGAGUACGUGAUCCAGCGGCGCGCUGAGAAGAGGGCGGCGGCUCGGAGGGCGGCCACGGCCGACGCCGUCAAGGAGGAGGCGGGGAGGAGCCGGUGGACGGCGCCGUGGGCGGACUCUGAGCAGAAGGCCAAUGCAGACGCCAACGCCAACGCCAUCGCCAAUGCAGCUGGGUGGAGCUCGAGGGGCGGCGACGAGGGAAAGAAAAUUCCCUCUACAGAUGGAGCACAGCAUCACAGAUUUCAAAGCUUCAAAUUCACUGAGCAAUUCGGUGUCUCCCAUGGUGCCGGCUCAUAG